AUGUCAAACACACGACAGCCCGUGGUGGCCAUCUCGCUCAAAAUGUACUUUGAUCCGGCCAAGACGCUGCAGUUUGUCUCUGCCUUGGCUGGAAUUGAACAGCCCGACGCUGAGCUUGAGAAGCACGGAAUCACUGGACCCGUCCAGGACUCAUCCAGCACCGUGGCCACUGCCGCCCUCAACCACGUCGAGCUUGUGGUCAUGCCUGACUUCCUGUCGAUCCGGGAAUGCACUCGGCUCAAGAACCGUCUGGACGAGCCUCUGUUCAACGUCGGAGCCCAGGACUGCUGGCAGGCCGACGAGGGAGCCUUCACCGGAGAAGUGUCGCCCAAGCAUUUGGCCCAAUUGGGUGUGCGUUACGUGGAAAUUGGCCACGCUGAGCGACGAAAGCAGUUUGGAGAAACCAACGAGUGGGUCAUCAACAAGUCCGCCGCCUGCUCCCGAAACAGCAUCAUUCCCUGGAUCUGCAUUGGCGAAAUCAACAAGGGAGACAUCGAAGCCUGCGGAGACGAGGUCUGGGAGCAGAUCAAACCUGUUCUGGAUAACUGCACCGGCCAGCUGGUCUUUGCUUACGAGCCUGUGUGGGCCAUUGGAGCUCCCAAGCCCGCUGAGUCGGAUCAUAUCAUUGGAGUUGUCUCGUAUCUGAGAAAGAAGAUUGACGCCGAGAAAGAGACCAACAACAACGACGUGCGAAUCGUCUACGGUGGUUCUGCUGGCCCCGGACUGGUUGAGUCUCUCAACGGAGUAGUGGACGGCCUGUUCCUCGGCCGAUUCGGACACAACCCCGACAACGUCAAGAAGGUGGUCGAGGAGGUUGGAGCUGUAGCCAGCAAGAGAUAA